AUGGCGCUCACUCCAUCUCGAUCGGCCUUUUCGUCGGCCUGGUCGGCGGCGCUGUCCUACAGUGGCCGAUCGCAGUGUCUCGCCCGGCUGACCCGUUCCUUUUCCAGCUCUACCCGUUGCAGCAGCAGCAGCAGCAGUAGCGAGACGACCACUGUCGAGGUCCAGGAAGACAAAAGGCCUGAGCGGCCGCGCUGGUCGUACACCCCGGAACGUAUGCUCGGCCCCGGCUUCUCCAUCAACAUCGUCAAGGACCCGUCUCGCAAGAUCUGGCACAAUAAUGACGACCCGGAAAAGCUCGACGCCAUGUACAACCGCCUGCUGGGCCCCAACGGCGACAAGAUGCUGCCUGAGGAGAUCAAGUGGCUGGCCAUCACCCACAAGAGUUUUGACCAGGGGAGGAGAGGCUUCAAUACCCGGCUGGCCUACUUUGGACGCCUGAUUGUGGCCCUUGAGGCGACACGAAGCAUCAUGAUCACACCGUCCCCGUCGCAGAAAGCGCCCGAAAGGGACCAGUUUGGCCGCAUGCCCUUCCAACACCCGGCCCUCGCCAACGUUGACAAACUCAAUACCCGUCUGCCGCAGGAUAUUGUGCAAAAAGACAAGCUGGCCCAGCUCGCAGUCGAUGUCGGCCUGCCUGCCGUCGUGCGGUGGAAGCCCAGGAUGCCCGAGGACCUCGAAAGCUCCGGUCUCACUGUCGUCCUCAACACGGCGCUGUACGCCAUCGUCGGCGCCAUCUCUCUACAACACGGUGCAGAAGUCGCCCACCGCAUCCACCAGCUGUCCGUUCUCGUCCAGCUCCAGCUCGCCGAGCCCGACCUUGACAAGGUUGAAACAGCGAGCCACGGCCGGUACAAUGACGCGCGUCUCGAUGGUUGCCAGAGCCUGGCCAAUACAGCUCCGCGGCCCUCGCUCGGAUGGGCAUCAGGCACCUGCUGGGUCCAGGCCAACAAAGAUGCCGGUCGUGUCGUGCCUAGCAAAAAGAAACGUCUUUACCUGGUCCCGCGUAUAGCGCAGAAGCUCAGGCCUACUCCCUCCUUGCUGUUUCUGCUCAGCGUGCCUUCGCCGGACGAUGGACUCGAUCAAGGAGUCGAUUUGUCGACGCAAACGAUGCUGUUGUCACUCUCGCUUCAGGUUCAGCCAUCACGGGGAGUAGUCGUCGAACGCAUACUAGUGCAGGAGCUGGUCAAACAGCUUAAUCAACUGUCCCUUGCGCGAAGAGUCCGGACGCUGUGCGUCAAAAUUGACGUUCAUGACAAUGGCCCAAUGAUGUCAAAAGUAAGAUUAAUGGUGAGCUUGCUCAUGAGGAAUUCGUCCCCCCGCGCUCACCUACUGGCCCAGCAAAUCGGCAAAAAUGGCCACCUUAUCCAGGACAGCGGGCAAGAGGGUGAGAAGGUGCUGAGGAGCACAGCUGAGGUUGGCACGCUUGCGCAUCUGUUUCCAUUUCUCGUUCUGCGCUGCCAGGUUAGCUCCUGUGUGCCCCCUGACAACCCUGUUACCAACCUGCUUCAGCAGAAUGAGCGUUCGGCAAUUACUCUCACCAGGGAGCUUAUCGUUGGCGACUUUGGGACGCUCCAGGGGAACAGCUUGGAGAUCUUGGAGAUCUGCUCGGUCACCUCAUAG